UAUAUAUAUAUAUAUAUAUAUAUAUUACACAUUUCAUGUCUGUAAGUAUAGAGACCAAAAAUUUCUGAAACUCGUAUUCUUAUAGAUCAAUAAAAAUGGCAUUUACUUUAUGGUCACUUUACGAAGCUACUCUGUUAUGUUUAAAUGCUAUUUGUGUGCUAAACGAAGAAAGAUUUCUUGUUAAAAUUGGAUGGGCCUCAUGGCAAAACGUACAAGGAUUUGGUGAACCACCUACAGUUAAAUCACAGAUGUUAAACCUUAUUAGAUCUGUAAGAACAGUUGCGAAAGUUCCAUUAAUAGCUCUUAAUAUUUUAACAAUAAUUGUGAAGAUGGUUCUCGGUUGAAAAAAGAAAUCAUGUAUACAGCUACUUCAACGUUAUUGCUAAAUUAAAAAUUAGCUAUCACAGCUGUUUAUAUAAUCAAAUCAUACAUAUAUAUAUAUAUAUAUAUAUAUAUAUAUAUGUUUACUUUUUAUAUUAUUUUUUACAUUAAAAAUUAAAUCAUUAUAAUAGACAGAAACAUUUUAUUGUAAAUGUAAGAAUAGGUGUAAACAUAUUUGUAAAAUUACCAAAAUAAAUUAAUGCACAGGAAAGAAGAAAAUAAAUGAUCAUCGUGAUGAAAGAUGCAAACAGUAACAAAAAAACUAUGAUUUGAAUUUUCAAGAUUUCAUCCAUAUGUUAUAUUAAUUCAAGCUAAAUACAUAGCGAAAUUUUACGAUA